AUGGUGGCCUUCACCGGCUGUGUUAAGAACAAAAACGGAAAACAUUUAGAAAAUGUAUUAUUGUCUUCUGGGAAUAUUCCCGAGAAAAAAAUCGACGAAGCGCAGGAGCUCAACGGAGGUCUGAAAGGUUACUGGAAUCCGAGAGCCUAUCAGAAGCUCGAUCGCAGCGGUCGGCGAUCGAAUAAGAGAAAAUUGAAGCUGGGAGGCGGGUGGAGGGUUAAGGUAUCUCCGAAGCUGAAGAUCUUACAAGCGUUUUGGCCGAAUAGGAUUUUUGCCCUAAUCCGGCAAGGCUACGUGCGCGCGAUGUUGGGAUUUGCCGGCAAGCUCUGGUACGGCAAUGGCCAGAAUGAGUACGUGGGACUGAUUGGAGGUCCGUCGAGGAAGGAAUAUGAGGAGCGGUUGAUUCUCCAGUUACAGAAACAGAUCUUGGAGCGGAACCGCCGUUACGCCGCCGCCGGGAUCACCGGUGCUCACAAGUGCGACGCGCUCCGGCGAGAACGGGUUGUAGGUGUGGUGGUCUGGGUAUAG